CUCCCUCGUGAAGAAUCCGCACGCUCUCGUCUUGCGUCUCUUCUUCUUCCCCACCGCUCACUUGGGCUCUCAUUUCGAGAUCCCCACGCCUGACCGCCUCCGCCUCGACUCGAUCCCGAUCUCCUCCUCCCGCCGCCGCCGCGAGCUGCCUUGCACAGCCAGAACUCUGAGCGAUGGCGAGAUCACCAAGAGGCCGCAACCUGCAAGCUCGUCAACGUAGGUCAGCUUCUUCUGAUGUGCCCUUGUGCUCCUGGAAGACAAAAGGAACAGGCAAAGAAAAUGAUAUGUCAGUGACCUCUGAGAAGAAUGAAUGGAAAGGUGCCACUUGCCCAGUUUGCUUGGAGCAUCCACAUGAUGCCGUCCUCCUCCUGUGUACCUCUCACCACAAGGGCUGCCGACCAUACAUGUGUGGUACCAACUACCGUCAUUCUAACUGCCUUGAACACUUUAAAGAAGCUUAUGCAAAGGAAAAAAUGGCCCUUGAUGUUUCAGCAGAGUCUGCACCUGGCCUUCCCUUGUCCUCGAACACACAACCUGCAAGCAAGCAGCAAUGUGCAAUGGAACUUGCUUGCCCUCUCUGCCGUGGCGAGGUUAAAGGAUGGACAGUGGUUGAACCUGCUCGUCAGUACCUCAACCGGAAGCGUAGAACCUGCAUGCAUGAUGGCUGCUCCUUUGUUGGCUCGUAUAAGGAACUUUGCAAGCAUGUGAAGUCCAAGCACCCUUCAGCAAAACCUCGUGAAGUUGAUCCUGCUGUUGCAGAUGAGUGGAAAAAGUUUGAAUGUGAGACAGAGCGGCAGGAUGCAAUCAGCACUAUUAGGGCCAUGAACCCAGGAGCUGUGAUCAUGGGGGAUUAUGUCCUUGAGUUGAAUGGUGGUGGCAGCAGCCAUUUUCCCUCUGAUGGAGAUAACUUUGACUUGGAGGAAAGGCUCAACUUCUUCACAUCCUUAGAUCGCACUCUGAAUGAGAGGAUUGACUUGUAUGACUCAUCAGAUGGUGGUUUGGAUGAGGGCUUUGACUUCUUGGCGUCCUUGUUUGCUCGUGGCAGGAGAAUCUCUACUAGAGAUUCAUUCAGCAGGGCUUAUAGAAGACAUAGGGAGAGGCCUAGGCGUUCAACUAGCUCUGUUGAUGCUUCUGACAUUCAGCAUGACUCAGUUAGCACUCAAAGGGGGCGGACUGGUACUGUUCGGGCUGUAGGCAGAACUUCACGGCGGAUGGUGGCUCAUACAAGGCCAGCACGUGGCAGCUGAGAGAUGAAAUCACUUUGGGGGGUUUGUUCAUGCUAUCCAUCUGCAAGGGGUGCAAAAAUAACACACCGUGGCAAGCUGCUGCCUGGUGGUCAGAUGCCCAGCAUGUUCUUCCUUUCCAUUUUUUGUCCCAUUGCUGAGACGGCAAUAGUGGAUAUAGGUUGGGAUGGAGAUCUCUGUUCGGCAGAUGGCGAUGCCUGUAUGAUGGGCUCCGUGAUCUGCAUACAGUUUUGGGCUGAAGCAGCUCCGCAUUUCCGGUGCUGCCUUGCAUGGAUUUUGUGAAUGCCCUUGCCCUGAGCUUUCUUUCCCUUUCUGUUGGUCAAAGCAAACUGCAAACGGGUGAUUGUUUCGGCAGCAAUUGCUGUUUGAGAGUUAGAUGUCAGUGUCAUGAACAAAUCCAGCAUACAGAUUACUGCAUAGUGCUUGUGUUUUACGGUGUUGAACUGUUUGAUGUAGUUUUGUGUCGAUAUGUUGUGGCCGUUGGAUGGCUUGGUCGAGUCGAAACGUGUGGUCCGAACUUAUUUGCCAUGAGAGCAUCUUCUUAUGGUUCUCCUGUAUCAUGCUGCUACUGCUAGGGUGGUUUGCCUGGUGGUAAGCUGGUAGUCGAAAGUCUCAAUACAGCUGUGGCUUACGGGACUUGUUUGUAGUUGUUUAUUUGCUUUAUAACAAAUGAAACAGUAUUGACAUGGUGUUCCCGUCGAA